GUUUCUUCUUUGCAAACAAAAAAAAUUUAGUAAAUUCGACUCGGUUUUAGAGGCGGUGCCAUCGCCAAGCGGUAGGAUCUGUGUGACAGUGCAGGGUACAGCUUUAGGUUGAGGGGCAGCGAGAGGAAAGAAUUUCUCCCGAUCCGGCUUUAUGCUCGACACUAUUCCAUCGUAACAAACAUCAGCUUAAUUCAAACUGAUAUCAUUUCUACACCGCGCUGGGAAUUCGCAAAGGUUGCUACAGUGAAGAAUAUUUACCACUCGCCUGCAGGACUUAAUCAGACUACAACGUUACUGUUAGUCGAACUUUCCCCUUUUUAUUUUGCAGUUAGAUUUUUUUUUUACCCCCAGUUUUUAAUUCCAACUGGCUGACAUCUACAUGAUUUUGUAAUCUGUGGGUGUCUGCGUCCUUUUUUCUCAAAAUUAAAGAGCGUUUCGCCGAAAAGUUUUAUUUUCAUUUCUGUUUUUGGGGGGAGCGUUACAGUUUUCCACGAUGAACAAGCUAUAUAUUGGAAAUCUCAAUGAAAACGUGACCGCGGAGGACUUGGUUAAAACCUUUGAAGAUCACAAGAUCCCAUACUCUGGACAGUUUCUCAUGAAAACUGGCUAUGCGUUUGUUGAUUGCCCAGAUGACCAAUGGGCAAUGAAAGCGAUCGAGACCUUUUCUGGUAAAGUGGAACUUCACGGCAAACGAAUUGAGGUCGAACAUUCUGUCCCUAAGAAGCAGAGGACCAGAAAACUCCAGAUCCGAAACAUUCCACCACAGCUGCAGUGGGAGGUUCUUGAUGCUAUGCUUCUCCAGUAUGGAACGGUUGAGAACUGUGAACAAGUGAAUACAGACAGUGAGACUGCAGUUGUGAACGUCACAUAUGGGACGCGGGAACAGGCUAGACAAGCAAUCCAGAAGCUGAACGGUUACCAGUUUGAGAACCACGCUCUGCGUGUGUCAUACAUCCCUGAUGAAAACUCUGAUGUCGACUCCCAGCGAGGCCCAGACAACGGCCGACGUCCUGGAUACGGUCCGCGAGGAACGUCCCGCCAGAUGUCGCCCGGCUCUGGGAUCCCCAGCAAACAUCAGCACCCUGACAUCCCUCUCAGGCUGCUGGUGCCCACGCAAUACGUGGGGGCCAUUAUCGGCAAGGAGGGCGCCACCAUCCGUAACAUCACCAAACAAACUCAGAGCAAGAUUGAUGUGCAUCGUAAAGAGAACGCAGGUGCCGCUGAGAAGCCCAUAAGUAUCCAUUCUACCCCAGAGGGCUGUUCAGCUGCCUGCCGCAUGAUCCUGGAAAUCAUGAUCCAGGAGGCCAAGGACACCAAAACUGCCGAUGAGGUGCCUCUGAAGGUUCUUGCUCACAACAACUUUGUUGGCCGUUUGAUUGGCAAAGAGGGACGCAACCUGAAGAAAGUGGAACAAGACACCGAUACCAAGAUCACAAUUUCACCACUGCAGGAUCUGACCCUUUAUAACCCAGAGAGGACGAUCACAGUGAAGGGCUCGAUCGAAGCGUGCUGCCUGGCAGAACAGGAAAUCAUGAAGAAAGUGCGGGAGGCGUAUGACAACGACGUUGCUGCCAUGAAUACUCACCUGAUCCCUGGACUAAACCUGGGAGCAAUCGGCCUCUUCCCGUCAUCCUCUGCCAUGCCUCCUCCUGCCCUCGGAAACUCCAUGCCUGGACCCCCCUAUGGCCCUAUGGGGGCCUCCGAACAGGAGACCGUCCACGUGUACAUCCCAGCCCAAGCCGUAGGAGCCCUUAUUGGCAAGAAAGGACAGCAUAUCAAGCAGCUAAGCCGCUUUGCUGGAGCUUCUAUUAAGAUUGCACCAGCAGAGGCUCCAGACUCGAAAAUGCGAAUGGUCAUUGUUACAGGACCACCUGAGGCCCAGUUCAAGGCUCAAGGCAGAAUAUACGGUAAGCUGAAGGAGGAGAACUUCUUUGGCCCCAAAGAGGAAGUGAAGUUGGAGACGCACAUCAAAGUAGCAGCUGCAGCAGCAGGAAGGGUCAUCGGAAAGGGCGGGAAAACGGUGAAUGAACUGCAGAACCUCACCGCUGCUGAAGUAGUGGUUCCCCGAGAGCAGACCCCCGAUGAACACGACCAGGUCAUCGUCAAAAUCAUCGGCCACUUCUACGCAAGUCAGUUGGCACAGAGGAAGAUCAGGGACAUUUUGACACAAGUCAAGCAGCAGCAGAAAGGAGGUACAGGAGGUACAGGAGGUCCACAGGUGUCCCAUCCGGAGGGCAUGUCUGAGCUGGGGACCCCUCAGGGACUGGCACAAGAACCCAGGAGGAAGUGAGAGCCCGGGGCCGCUGGCCAGUCAGAGGGACAGACAAACGAGAGGACUGACUGAGAGAGAGAGAGAGUGACACACAGACCCAGCGGUAGACAGGGAGAAAUGAGCAGCGAAAUGAGAGCGAAUUAAAGAGAAGAAAAGACAAAAAAAAAAAAAAACCUGCCCGAGAGAGGGCGAGGAAGAUAAUUGAGUGAAAACGAACAAGAAUUACAAAAAAAAAAAAAGUUUUUUUUAUUUAUUUUUUUUUU